AAACGCAUUUUUCAUUUUUUAAAAAUUACAUAUUAAAGAAUGAGAGAGAAGAGAAAGAGAAUCCAUAAUAUUUUAGAGUUCAUUUUAUUUAGAUACCAACAAUUAUCUGAUUUUUAAUUUUUCACAAUUUUUUUUUUCUUCGUUUCCAUUUCAGCAUUGGUUUCGGAGUUGUACUGGGUCAGCUUGCAUAGCAUCAUAGGACUUAGGAGGAGGAGGACGCAACCCCAUCUCUGAGAUUGAUGUCUGGGUAUGUGUCUGCCUCUGAGCAUAGCUUUCUCAGUUGAGCUAAGUUGCCAUGUUCUUUUUGGGUAAAGGUUUGGCAUUACUCUCUUCAGUUUCCCCACAAGCUGAUCAAUCUAGGGUUCUUUUCUUUUUUCAUUUGGGGUUUUGAUCUGUUCGUGUGAUCUGCCCCUUUUUUUGUCAGUUUAAAUUUCUGGGUAUUUUGGGUUUUGUGGUUAUGAAGAGUUUUGAGUAGUAAAGUUGUGAUUUUUAGGUUUUAUUUGGGAAUUGGCCUUCUGGGUCUGGGCUUGUUGUGGGUGAUUUGGUGGUGGGGGAUUGUGGGGUGGUUUGGUUUUGAUGAUUUGUGCGUUUGAUUCUUUAGGGCUUGCUAGAGAUGGGGUUUGGUGCUGAGAAUGGUAAGGUGGUGGAGUCUUUGGAUGUGUGUAAAUCAAAGGGGAGAAAGAAGAAGAAGAAAGAGGAUGGGGUAGUGGAAGAGGAAGAGACUGGGUGUUGGUUUAGGUUGAGGUUCAUUGGGAGCUGCAUUUCUUCAAGAUCCAAGGUUGAUAGCUCAGUCAGUGGCACCAGCACUAAUUAUGCCGAAAGUAAAUCGACUAAUGAUACAAGUCGAGAUCAACCAACAGUCCCAGUAGUCUCUUCGACAACCACUAGUAAUGCUGAAAGCAAUUCAUCCACUUCCAAACUUGAAGAGGAGCUUAAAGUCGCUUCCAGGCUGCGAAAAUUUACUUUCAAUGAUCUUAAGUUGGCAACCAGAAAUUUUCGCCCUGAAAGUCUUCUUGGUGAAGGUGGGUUUGGUUGUGUGUUCAAGGGGUGGAUUGAAGAAAAUGGAACUGCUCCGGUGAAACCUGGCACAGGGCUUACUGUUGCCGUAAAAACCCUCAACCAUGAUGGGCUUCAGGGUCAUAAAGAGUGGCUGGCUGAAGUCAAUUUUCUUGGUGAUCUAGUUCAUCCAAAUCUUGUUAAACUUAUAGGUUACUGCAUUGAAGAUGAUCAAAGGUUGCUAGUGUAUGAAUUUAUGCCUCGGGGAAGCCUGGAAAACCACUUGUUUAGGAGAUCCCUGCCUCUUCCAUGGUCCAUUAGGAUGAAAAUAGCACUUGGAGCUGCAAAGGGUCUUGCUUUUCUUCAUGAGGAAGCUGAACGACCAGUAAUAUAUAGGGAUUUCAAAACUUCCAAUAUACUGUUGGAUGCAGACUACAAUGCUAAGCUCUCAGACUUUGGACUUGCAAAAGAUGGACCAGAGGGUGAUAAAACCCAUGUGUCUACUCGAGUGAUGGGAACCUAUGGUUAUGCAGCACCAGAAUAUGUCAUGACAGGACAUCUUACAUCAAGAAGUGACGUGUAUAGUUUUGGAGUGGUACUACUUGAGAUGUUGACUGGCAGAAGAUCUAUGGACAAAAACCGACCAAAUGGCGAACACAACCUUGUGGAGUGGGCUAGACCACAUCUAGGAGAGAGAAGAAGGUUCUACAGGUUGAUAGACCCUCGCUUGGAAGGUCACUUUUCCAUAAAAGGGGCUCAGAAAGCCGCUCAUCUGGCUGCUCACUGCCUUAACCGAGAUCCGAAAGCUAGACCCUUGAUGAGUGAAGUUGUGGAAGUUUUAAAGCCUUUGCCAAACCUUAAGGACAUGGCUAGUUCAUCAUAUUAUUUUCAGACAAUGCAAGCUGACCGGUUUAGUGCAAGUCCAAAUACUAGAAACGGGAGAACACAAGGAGCAUUACUGACCCGGAAUGGGCAGCAACAAAGGAGCCUAUCAAUACCACAUGGUACUCAUGCAUCUCCAUAUCACCAUCAGUUUCCCCAACAAUCACCAAAACCAAAUGGCAAGGCAUAGAGUUGAUGAGUUUUAAUUUUCUUUGUCACCCUUCUUUUUCAUUAUUUCUUAUUUUCUAAGUAUAGAUAUCACUUGUGCCUAGCCAUUUGUUCAUGGACAACUUGAGAGCAAAAGAAGCAUGCUGCUUUAUGGUUUAUGUUGCGAGUGUUGACCUAAGGGAAGAAUGUAAGGGCAGGUGAAGCUUAUUGAGCGACUAUGUCUUAUGUCAAUUUGUCAACCAAUAUGUUUCUUCAGGUUGUUUGGAAAUAUUCAAGAUUAUUAACUCCUCAAUUUUAUUUUAUUUUUUCAUUCCCCCGAAUGUCAUCUCUUCAAUUGCUUAGGCUCAUCAAACAUUGCGGCUCCUUAAAUUAACUACAGGCUUUUGUUUG